GAGGUUUAGUUAACAACAACCUUUUCUUCCUCUUUCAGAUUCGUUUGCCACCUGAAGUAAACCGCAUCUUGUACAUAAGAAACUUGCCAUACAAAAUAACAGCUGAAGAAAUGUAUGAUAUCUUUGGGAAGUAUGGACCAAUCAGACAAAUCAGAGUUGGAAAUACACCCGAGACGAGAGGAACUGCCUAUGUGGUAUAUGAAGACAUUUUUGAUGCCAAGAACGCUUGUGAUCACUUGUCAGGAUUUAAUGUUUGCAACAGAUACCUUGUAGUGUUAUACUACAACGCCAACAGGGCAUUCCAAAAGAUGGAUACAAAGAAAAAGGAAGAGCAACUCAAAAUUCUUAAGGAAAAAUACGGAAUCAACACAGAAACAAAAUGAAUCAUUGAAUAUUUGCUUCAUUUUUUGCAUUGAUAAUAUGGUUGCAAGGGUUUUGAAGCAUUUUGGAACUCUUAAGUGCUUGGUUUAAUCUCAACAAUUUGAUACUUUGAGAAAGUCAUUUACUUAGGUCAACUAUUGUAAAUGAUUUCUUUGUAACUAUUAUGCUGAUUUAAAAAAAAAAGACAAUUUAGUACAACAUUUAUUGGUAUUUAAAUCACUUUGUUUUUACUGUACUUGGUUUGUGUUGAAAAUUUUCUACAGAAUGUGCGCUCUUAUAUUAUGAAUCCUAAAACAUUGUUUUGUAUAAAAGCUGUAAUUGUCGACUCAGUCUCUUAACGACAUUGAAUCAGGUAGUCAGUUAUGGAUAAUGGUUUUUUUAGAAUAGGUUGGAAAGGAAGUAUCUGUAUACUCAAACUGCAAUUCCGUAUGAUCUUCCAUUACUCUCUAACACCCAAUUUGUAAUGCUCAACAUUGUGAAUUACAGAAUUGCAGUAAUCCCAUUUUCACAAGUGUGCAUGCAAAUUUAGUGUGCAUGUUAUUAUAUGGCAUUAGGUGGUAAUGUUAACCCCAGAACAUACUAUUAGUACAAGACAGUCAAAACAGGGAAACAAAUCGAGUCGGGUUAUCUUUCUUUGUUGGGAAGGUUCACUUCUGUGAGCAUGCUGUGUAUUCUUUUAUCUUCAUGAUAAAACCAUUCCCGGUAUAAAACCAGUUUUAUAUUGAUAAAGAGUAAUAUUUAGUUUAACCUGAGAUAUAACGUUUAUAGGAUAGGAAUCAAUAUUUUACAAGUAAAUUAAAUUGCAACAGAAUCUAUUUAACUUUUGUCUGGGUAACUUUACACAUGGUAAGAGCUGCUCUGCUUCUGUGGAAAGGUGAUGUGAAAAUGUCCAUACUUAUUCUAGUUUUUAAGUUGAGCAAAUUUCAAUCAAUGGAAAUUUAUUUCUUAAAUAUUCACAGGACCUACUUUAAAUUGUACUAAAAUCCACAGAUAAAGCAGUUUAGUCGAAUAUAAAUUGGAAUGGAUUUAUUCCUGCUGGAUUUAACAACUAUUAUGCAGGUCCUAUUACUGAGAAUGGCAAUAAGCCAAUUAAUAGCAUUUUUUAAAAUAUAUCUGAUUUUAUGUAAGAAACACUGACCUUGCAGAUUAACUUUUUUUUAAAUAAGUAAAAUCAAAUAAACAAAAUUUCUGAAAAUUGCCGCUCAGAC